ACAGGUAACCUUUCAGAUCCGCCUCCGCGGCAGGGAGGAAGGCGUUAUCCUCUGAUGACAUUUCAUGGGAAAUGAAAGAGAAAGGAAACAUAAUACACAUCUCUGAAGGACAACAGCCACCAUCUCCAUCAGAAGCUUCUCAAACACAGGCUGCGCGAUGGACAGAGAGGACGGAGACGGGAAGGAAGCGAAGCAGCGUAAAGACAAAAUCAGAGGAAAGUCCAGUUCUCCUCGAACCACACCAGCAAGACAGAGGCACACAACUCUGCAGAAACAAGCUUCAGAGGAGGAAUCCAAAGUGGUCGAGGAGUCGAUGUCCGCGGAGUUGGACAGCUGGAUCAAACUCAACGCCAAGGGUCUCAAGAUCCGGCAGCUGGACCGCAGGUGGGCCGCAGAGAUGGUCAACGAUUUCCGGGACAACCUGUUGAAAUUCCUGAGGCUGAACAGUGAUGAGCCCUUUCAGUCGGCUGAGUUCCUCAACAGCGGCAGCUACUUUGAGAAGGUCAAGAUCCGCAGCGCCGACGAGUUUGACAUGAUGCUGAAGCUUCGAGUCUCGCCACGUCUCAUGACGGAAGCGCUCGACAACGGCCUCUUCUACCAUAUCCGCCUGGCCCGCAUGCCGCUCCCAGUGAACCCCAUACGGGCCUUUGUUCUUGACGAGCACAUGCUCUCAUCGAGCAAGAUCCUGAGUGAGAUGUAUUGCCUGGUCCGCAAGUUCCUCAAGACCUACAAAGUGCCAGACAGUGACUUUCUCUGGGUGGUGAACAGGAAGCGACCCCGGUCGCCAGCUGUGACUUUGUCCCUGUACAGGAAGGACACCUGCGGGGACGAGUUGAUCUCUGUGGACCUGGUUCCUGCUCUGGAGGUCCAGAGUUGGCCCGUCGGUGUUCGCAGCGGUCCGGAUGUGGACAACUGGCUGGGGAAAAAGUUUCGCCAAGAAAUCAGACGUCUGGCCAUCUUCUAUGUCCCGAAGAGGCUCAAAGGACAAACCGAAAGUUGGAGGAUUUCCUUCUCUCACAUUGAAAAGACGCUCAUCAGGAAACAUGGCAACAAGAAGACCUGCUGUGAGAGCAACAUUACCAAAUGCUGCCGGAAACUGUGCUACAUGCUCCUCAAGUCUCUGAUUGAAGGCCUGAAACUACGUUUCCCAAAAGAACUGGAUCCGCUCUGCUCGUACCACGGGAAGACAGUCUUCCUGCACACCAUGUCCACCAGGUUUGACGAUGCCAUGUGGACUCCCCAGCAGCUCACCGCCUGCUUCCGGGACCUCUUCAGGGCCAUGGAGAGCCACGCUCGCAGGGGCCUCCUCCCUCACUUCUUUGUGCCCGAAUGCAACCUGUUCUCCCCGGCCGUCUUCCCCCCUAAAGCGCUCGCUUUCCUCGUCAGUGUUCUGGAGGAGCAGUGGAGGGAAGGACUGCCCCUGCUGAAGCUUCCAGCUCCUGUCCCACCAAUCAGAGCGAUGAGUCCUUCUGAAGACACCUCGCCUGAGGUGUCUACCGACGUAUCGGCCACGCUGACCACAUUCCUCCCCCUGUUUGCUUUGGCUCUAGUUUUUGUGCUAUUUCUCAAGUUUGGAUUGCGUGUGUAAAUCAGGUGCAAACAGGUAGCCUAAUGAAUCUUAAUUGAUAUAUAGCUAAAAUAUCCUUUUUCCUUGGCGAUAAAGUAUGUUUUAACAAUGUGUAAUGGGAAAGAGAAAAAGCAUGUUUAGAAAAUGUUUUAACUUAUCUCUUGUAGUUCUUUACCAUUGUGAAAAGUAACUUAGGCAUAAAUGGGUUCCUUUCGUUCCUUAAUGCAGUCCUUUGUUCAUAAUUUUGUGUGUGUAUUUGGUUUGCUUUCCUCGUCAGUGUUCUGGAGGAGCAGUGGAGGGAAGGACUGCCCCUGCUGAAGCUUCCAGCUCCUGUCCCACCAAUCAGAGCGAUGAGUCCUUCUGAAGACACCUCGCCUGAGGUGUCUACCGACGUAUCGGCCACGCUGACCACAUUCCUCCCCCUGUUUGCUUUGGCUCUAGUUUUUGUGCUAUUUCUCAAGUUUGGAUUGCGUGUGUAAAUCAGGUGCAAACAGGUAGCCUAAUGAAUCUUAAUUGAUAUAUAGCUAAAAUAUCCUUUUUCCUUGGCGAUAAAGUAUGUUUUAACAAUGUGUAAUGGGAAAGAGAAAAAGCAUGUUUAGAAAAUGUUUUAACUUAUCUCUUGUAGUUCUUUACCAUUGUGAAAAGUAACUUAGGCAUAAAUGGGUUCCUUUCGUUCCUUAAUGCAGUCCUUUGUUCAUAAUUUUGUGUGUGUAUUUGGUACCUUUUGCUUGAAUGUGAAGUGUUUGGUUUGGGUUUUUCUAACUCUCAGUUUACUGUCAUACCUUAUGGAUUAAAUUAAUUAUAUAUUCAUUCCCAAUAAAUUAAAGAUCUUGAGUUAAACUCAGUGUCACACCUUUAUGUAAUUCUUGCAACUCUUCUGUAUUUAAUACAGAAUCAAUGGUGUUGAAGAGAAACAUAUACCAAUAAACAAGGCCAUGGAUUGUUUUAGUAAAAGAUCAUUCCUUUUACUAAAGAUAAAAAUAUCAUUUUCCAGAGCCCAAGCUGACCCUUUGCUUGUAUUGCUUUGCUUGUAAACGAAAGAGAUAUUAAAUUAAAAACGAUUAGUUUACAAAUUACUUUUGCC